UCUACUAGUCAGUCUCUCUCUCUACACACUGUAACUGUAGUCUCUAUCUACUAGUGCUACCACUCUACCAGCCCUGAUCGAAGACAUCUUUCUUUCAGAGAGUGGAGAGUUAGACCCAAAAGAGUCUACUGACCAUUGUUUGUGCAGUGCAGAGAUCCAGAUUUUAUUAGGUUUUACACAAAGCUUGAAUUUUUACUAAGCUAGCUGCUGGAUCCAGAGAAGAAUGAGUAGUGAUACAGAGGAGGAUUUAUUGGACUUGUGUUUGGGUUUAUCGUACUCAUCUUCGAUUCCAGAACAAAAACAGCUCGAAGAUGAUCCAAUUCCAAACCCUAAUCUAGGUUGUACUAGGCAAUUUUUUCCCCAAUCCCCACAACAACAAAUCGAAAUUGGGGAAACAAGUUGGCGUAGUAGGACUAAGAAGAUUGCUGCCGUUGGAGAUGAUGAUGACAUUGCAAAGUCUUAUACGCUUCCUCAUGAGCUCGAGAUGGCCAUAGCUCAAUGGUUUCCAGUUAAAACCUUAUUGCGAUCCCUCAGCGUAUCGAAGCUCUGGAGGUCUACAAUCCUCAGUAAAGAUUUCAGGGAUGCAUAUCUAACCUCUUCUUUGACUCGACCACAACACAAGCAAGGUCUUCUCUUCACUUUCAUUUGCAGAGACAACUGUUUUGUCUUCUCUGCCCCUGCCCCUGAUUAUUAUGAUGAUGAAGCAUCCUCAUCCUCAUUCUCUUCUUCUUCCGUAGUCGCCACUUACAACAUGACACACCAGUCUAUAUCCCGAGUCACCAUUUCUCCUUCCGUCCACGGUCUGAUUUGCUACGGACCAGCUUCUGGACUCUUCAUCUACAAUCCUUCCACUAGAAGAUCGAUUGUCUUGCCUAGUAUCAACUCAGAGUAUAAGAGACUAAACCACUACAUAGGCUUUGAUCCCGUUGACAGCUGUUAUAAAGUGUUGUGCGUGACAAUGGGAAGACCUCAGGUUGGAAACAACUUUGCUUUAGCCGAGGAGCUAGGGGUUUUGACGAUCGGAUAUGGUGAGCAAUCAUGGAGGAUGCUUGAGGACGUUCCUCCCCAUUCUCCUACAUGUGAUGAGAUGUGCAUCGAUGGUGUUCUGUUUUUUGGAGCUUUUACUGGCGCUCAUCUAAAUGAACCUGCAAUCAUGAGUUUUGAUGUUCGGUCUGAAAAGUUUCGUCUUAUCAGUGGACCUGACACCACCGCCGGUGGUAACUACUUUCUUACUUCCUCUUCUUCAAAGCUAACAUCCUACAAGGGAAAGCUUGCUGUCCUUCUCUUUGAAGAUCAGGUUGUUCGUAAGGUUGCUUUGUGGGUUUUAGAAGAUGCUGUGAAUGAGGAAUGGUCAUAUAAGACUUUUGAUUUGCCUAGUUUACUUGGGUGGACAACAGAUUUUGAACUUCAACUGUUCAGCGCCACCAACGCUGGUGAGGUUAUUUUGGCACCACUCUUUGUACGUGCAUCCACAUAUCGUGUUCUCUUCUAUGAUCCAAACAAAGAUAGCUUCAGAAAAAUUGAGAUUGAAGGAAUCACAGACCGUGAGGUUUCACACAAGGUUGAUGGUUGGUGGUAUUGUCGUGCAGUCUCUGUCUUCCCUGGUCAAGUUGACACUCUUAUGUUUCUGUAAUGUGAUAGUUUUACUAGUAGUUUGUUUCUGUAACCUCAAUGUUUCUAACUUGGAUUAAAGGUUACUGGUAUUAUCUAUUCCCAAUGUAUUUAACUUGUUUCAUCACA